AGACGGAGUAAAACGUGGUUAUUGUGAAGGACUCAUUUUUCCCAUCUGGUUUAUCAUGGAAAAAGAUGCAAUCAAAGAAGAAGAGAUCAUUAGCAAUGAUUUAUUAUGGAAAAAAGCUGAUAUCAAAGAGGAAUCUGAUAUAUCCGAAGGGUCACAAAAACACGAGAAGCUCAAGACCGCUCUUCUACCAUAUUGGAGAGAACGUCCUCCAACAACUUACAGCGUCACGUUCGAGUCUUUUGGGAAAAUGAUGGAGCUAGUAAACAAUGGAUAUUACGAGUCCCUUCCUUUCACUGUCGAUGGAAUCAACUGGACGUUCAAAAUCUACCCUAACGGAAACUCGGACACCACAAGAGGACUUAUUUAUCUUUAUGUAAAAAUUGAUGACUCAAGCAUCACCGACCCACCAUUAGAUGUGUAUGCGGAGAUCAAGUUCUUCGUCUACAACUAUGGCAUUAGCGAGUAUUAUACAUACCAAGAAGUCGAGCCGGUAAAGUUUGAUAGUGUACAACAGGAGUGGGGAAGGUGGAUUGAUGUCUUCGUUGCUCAACGCAACAAAUCAGAAGUUUUCUCCUAUGAUGAAAACAUAAGCAACCCUGUUUUCACUUGGAGCCUCCCCAAUUUCUCUACCCUCACUCUCGACUCUUACACAUCCGACCCGUUUUCUUCUGGAGACAGAAACUGGGUUUUGAAAGUAUAUCCAAAUGGAGAUGGUGUUGGAAAGGAUAAUUCUUUGUCACUCUACUUGUUGAGUGAGUCUAAUGAAAAGAAUUACGUUCGAGCCACACUACGAGUUCUAAACCAAAUCGGAUCCGACAAUGUGGAGAAGCCAGUUGAGGGAUGGCCUAAUGCAGCAGAAAAUGGAUGGGGUUACCAGGAGUUUAUACCUCUCGCAGAUCUUCAAGAUGCAACCAAAGGUUUUGUUGUGGACGAUUUGCUUGAAGUUGAAGUUGAGAUCAUGGCCAUCUCUAAACAAACUCCAAUUAAUUAG